ACAUACACAUGACAGCAAAUUAUUGAAUUUUUCUUUUGAAGAAAUCAAAAUAAACUUAGAAACAAGAAUUACAAGUUAAAUUCUGCUGUUUAAACAAAGUUUAGAACCGAUAUACCUAAUUUAUUGGUUAUCGCUGUUAUUGGAACGAUUUAUAUUAAGUUGUUGACCUUACAUGUGCAAUCAACGAUGGAGCCAGGCCUAGCAGUUGAGGAGAUAGUGAUCAAACCAGAGGUCAUCCUCAUCUCGGACGACGAAACUGAUUUCAACGAGGAGCCACAAAAAAAACGCCGACGGCGCGUAGUAAAAAAAUCCCCCCACCCCUGCGAAGACUGUGACAAGAUCUUCCAAACUGGAUACGAGCUCAAAAAACAUAAGCGAACGCACACAGGAGAACGGCCGUAUAUGUGUACCACGUGUGGGAAAACCUACACACAGCUCGGCCAUCUUAGUAUUCACGCACUCACGCAUCAAGGCAUAAAGAACUUCAAUUGCCACGAGUGCGGCGCGUCGUUCUACAGGAAAGCUGACCUCGACCGGCACGAGAAGAUUCACACAGGGGACAAACCACACGAGUGCGAAAUAUGCUCAAAGAGUUUUGUGCAAAAGAAUAAUCUGGUCAUGCACCUGAAGAUGCAUUCGGGGGAGAAGCCACAUGAAUGCCAAGUGUGUAAAAAGAGGUUCCUGACGCGGAGUAAGCUGGUCCUACAUUCGAAACGGCACGAAAAAGAUAAGAAAAUCAAAAAGGAAUUCCUCGAGCAGAUGAUGGUAUAAAUAUUUAAGACAUAUUAAUGUUAAGAUUGGUCCUUAGAUAGAUUUUUUACCAGUUAUUGAUCUCUUUAUUAUUUCUUUUGGUGAAUAUGAAAUAAAAUCAACGACAAAGAGGUACUGAUACUACAGAGAAAUAAGUAAGCAUAGAGUGCUUACUCCAUACUAGAGAUGCAACGAAUAGUGGCUUGGCCGAAUACCUAAUAUUCGGCGGAGCCAUCGGCCGAAUAGUCCAAUAUUCGGCCGCCGAAUAUUCGGCUAGAAUUUUUACCUAAAACGAAGUAAAUUCGAACGCGCGAGUGCGUGCGCUGUGCAAGUUGCAACUUGUUUCUCGCUGUAGGCAUUGUAAUGUGGCAAAAUGUUCA